AUUGUCCAUUGCAAGAUUGCUUAUAAGUUGCCAGAACAACCCAUCUCCACAAAUAGAGAAAUGGGUGGAAUCAUUUCCAGAUGGCGGCAGGCAAAGCCUUCCACAAUAGAAAUAUUGGAAAAAAUUGAUAAGGAUAUCCAGGCACUAGAAGAAUUUCGAGAGAAAAAUCAGAGGCAACAGAAAUUAUGGGUCGGACGGUUUCUUCUCUACUCUUCUGUGCUCUACCUUUUCACAUGCCUAGUUAUCUAUUUUUGGUACCUUCCUGAUGAUUGGACUGCGAGGUUCGUUAUGACACUCCCACUUUUUGCAUUUCCACUGAUAGUUUGGUCUAUAAGAACUCUCCUCAUCUUCAUCUUUUCUAAAAGAACUGAAAGAAACAAUGAAGCCUUAGAAGACUUAAAAUCUCAGAAGAAAAAGAUACUUGAAGAAGUAAUGGAAAAAGAAACGUAUAAGGCUGCUAAACUAAUACUUGAAAGGUUUGAUCCAGAAGCCAAGAAGGCAAAGGAUGUUGAACCGCCAUCUGCUGGAGCAUCUGCAGUUCCAAGACCUGGCCAAGAACUUCGGCAUCGAACUCCAGUGCGAGGGAAUGUGUCUCCACCUCUCCCAGUUACACCAAAACAGGGGUCUCCGAAAGCGUCGAGUCCAAUGCCAGCAUCUCCUGGCUUGCAGAGAGAGAUCUCAGCACCUGGUGGACCUCCAGAGAGAACUCUGACAUCCGCUUCACAGUCCAAUGUGUUACAAAGACAUCCUGGACCCCAUGCUACUUCAGUGUCUGGAAUGGGACUUCAUCCUCCAGGACCUCCAUUGGCUAGACCUAUUCUUCCUCGAGAGAGGGGAGCAUUAGAUAGAAUUGUUGAAUAUUUAGUUGGAGAUGGUCCACAGAACAGAUAUGCUCUCAUAUGCCAGCAGUGUUUCUCACAUAAUGGAAUGGCUUUGAAAGAGGAGUUUGAAUAUAUUGCAUUUAGAUGUGCCUACUGCUUUUUCCUGAAUCCUGCGAGGAAAACCAGACCGCAAGCCCCACGGCUUCCAGAUUUCAGUGCUGAAAAGAAGCUCCCGGCUGAAACAGAGGGCACAACUGAAUCACUGCGACUGGAGGAGAAGUUACAAGAAAAGCAAAUCACUGAAGAACCUUUAGAAGAAGAUGCUUCCCUUACCGAAGCAAGCCAGGAAGACGUUCAAGCUUUGAUUGUUGAAGAAUCUUAUGGUGAGGCAAUUGAAGAUGCUGAGAGGGAGCUGCCAAGAAGUGAAACAAAAACUUCAGUUACAAACUCUGAACCUGCUGUUCCAGUUGACCAAAGGGAAGAGCCUGUAACAGGAGAAUAAGUGCCUCAUUUGUUUUAAGCUAUAUACUUUCAAUUGUUACUUCUUCAGAUGGGUCGCUUUCAAAAGUUUAUUGUGCCGUCAUUCUCAUGAGCUUGGACUGCCACUUCCACUGUACACAAGCUACCCGCACAAUGAGGCAUCGUAUUGCUGAAGUGUUUGUUUGGGUGAAGUAAAAGCUCUUCAGCAUUUGUAGGCGUCCAAGCACAGGUAUUCUUAUUUUUUGGUUUGCAUACUUAAGAAAAAUCAUAGACAUGCUUAACAUUUUUCCCUCACAAGAGUGAAUUAAAAUAUAGUAUUUGGUUAUUGAACAGCUGUAAAUUAUUCAAAAUGUAUAAUUAAUUCUUGGUUUAGUAAAUGUUAUAGAUUUUUUUGUACUAUUUAGCUAUUGAAAUAAAUUGAAUACAUUUAAGUAUUUAGAUGUUUACAGGAGGAAAAUGCUUAGGUAUUUGCCAUAAGCACUAUGAAAGUGUCAGUAUAACUGAAACCUAGCCACUCUUAACCUUUUUAAUUUCCUCGAAAGAAUGCCAUUGAAGUCCUAAGGAUGGUCUCUCCUUCAGGGCAGUGUGUAUAGCAAAUGGGCUGCAGGCAUGCAAAAAGUAAAGCUAGUUUGUGUUUACAUGAAGCGUAGGAAUAUCUGCACUAGAUUGUACUUGAAUACUGAGCAUUAUUUAUACCUGUAAAAUAAUGACCAUAUAAGUGAAUUUUUUUUGUUUAUUUUGUUAAAGGAAAAUAAAUAAAGAAUAUGUAGCAUUA